CAAUGUGUUCACGUGUGCUGCCUGCUAGACCACAGCUCACACUCUCACUCUCACACACACGGCGCGUUGUAUUAUUAUUAUGUAUUAUAAUAUACCUGCGUGUGUGUGUAAUACAUAAUAAGCGCACGCAACAUAGCAUGCACACGCUACUCCAAUGAUACGUAACAUAAUAUACAAACAACACAUCAUACUAUACACACGCGUAACACAAUUCGGCACACGUAACAUACGUAAUACGCAAAAUACAUAAAACGCCUACAAGAUUGACAACACGCGUAAUAUAGAUUAGCGCGACGAACACUCUGUACCACACACCCAUCACACACAAUAUACUCAGCACGCACAUUGGAGAGAAUUAAUCACUCGAUGCACAUAACGUUAGCACAAUUAUAGCUGAGACACAAUACGUACACCUAACACGCAAGAGGAAUACAAGCUGCUGCUGCUGCUGCUAUGGAGGACCAGUACAAGAACAUCCCGAUAGACAUCCACACGAGCAAACUCCUGGAUUGGCUGGUCGACCGCCGUCACUGCGGGCUGCGUUGGCAGGGUGCAGUUGGCGCUAUUCGAGAGAGGAUCGCGGUGGCCAUGCGGGACAUGCCGGAGCACCCGGACAUCCGCAGCCUGCUGAGUGGCACACACAUUCAAUACUUCCACUGCCUGCGCAUCGUGGAAAUCCUGCGCUCCACCGAGGCCUCCAGCAAGAACAUCUUCGGGCGAUACUCCUCACAGCGGAUGAAGGACUGGCAAGACAUCGUGUCGAUGUACGAGAAGGACAAUGUCUAUCUAGCGGAGCUGGCGAACCUGCUGGCACGCAGCGUGCUGUACGAGGCGCCCGCGGUGCGCCGCCAGAUGGCCAAGUGCGCCGCCACGCAGCAGGAGAUGUCGCGGCGGGAGGCCGAGUGCGCCAACGCGGCGGCGGAGCUGCGCGAGGGCUUCUACGUGGCGUGCCGCCAGCACGGAAUCUCGGGAGACAGCGUGCGUGACGAGCUGCUGGCGCUGCUGCGGGAGCUGCCGGGCACGCUGAGCGAAGUGGCGUCCGCGUCGGCGCAGCUCGCCCAGCACGUGGCGCUCUACCAGGCGUGCGUGGAGUUCGUGUGCGAGGGUGACCGGGACAAGGUGCUGCCGCUGCUGAGACACGUGCAGCACAAGGGGAACACAACGGUGCACGAGUGGCGCACGGGGAAGCCCCCUUCCUCCCUGCACCCCCCCACAGUCCCCGCGGACAAAGGGGACCUCUCCUCACCGGCCAAGCAGGAGGAGGCCGGGGGAAUCGAUUUUGGCGACUUCACCGCGGAGACGCCGGUGGACGCGAGGAACGGUGGUGGUGAGGGUGACGCACAGCCAGGUGGUGAGGAAGCAGAGGGCAUCGACUGGGAAAUCAGCCUGGAGGGAGGCGGCGAGGAUGCCGGCGCCGGUGGUGACGGUGGUGAUGAUGGCGCUUGGACGAUCGAGGUUGUGGACGACGGGAAGGAGUGCGACCCGGGCAGCCAAGGAGAUGGAGCGGGCGAGGCUCACGGUACAGAUGCCCUCACGGUGCUGGAAAACCUGGAAACGCGGAAUCAGUUCAUCGACGAGCUCAUGGAGCUGGAGGCUUUCCUUGUCCAGCGCGCGGCGGAGCUGAGCGAGGAGGCCGACGUUCUGUCCAUCAACCAGUUCGAGGCGGCGCCGCUCGUGCUGCAGGAGCAGUCGCGGCGCGGCGUGGAGGCCGCACUGGGAGAGACGCGGGCGCUCACCCAGCGCCUCACCUCGCUCAAGAUGCGCCAGCUCUUCAUGAUCCACGCGUCACCGCGUUACGUCGACCGGCUCACUACGACGCUGAAUCAGAAGCUGCGGCAGGCGGAGGCGGCGUUGCGGAAGCGCGACGCGGCGGUGCAGCGCCAGCGGGAGGCGCUGCAGGAGCAGGUGGCGCUGCAGCCCAGCCUCGACGUGCUGCUGGCGCGCUCCCGGGAGCUGCAGGCGCUCAUCGAGGGGGACAUUUCCAAGCGCUACCACAACCGGCGCGUCAACCUGAUGGGCGUGGCCGUGUGACGGCAAGCGGCGGGAGUAGCGAAGCCAGGAGCAGAGUCGCCGUGAGGAUUUGGGCGCCCGCCAACCCGACCAGCACCUCGGUUGCGCGUUUCACGUCGACGGGCAAACUGGACCAGCGCACGGCUAGCUCCGGCGCGACAUCCGUCACUCACCUUCGCCGCCUACUCCUACAUCAUUUCUCAGCACCACCACCAUCAACACCACCUCCAUUACCACCACUUCGGUUACUUACCACCACCAUCAACACCACCUCCGUUACUUACCACCACCACCAUCAACACCACCUCCACUGCUACCACCUCGGUUACUUACCAAUAGCCGCCAUUCGCAACUAAGUGACGGUAAUGUCACCACGGCGCCUGUGCCAGGCCAAGUGCACUUUGAGGCCACGUGAAGUGUCGAAGGCUCGCUGACAGGUCUUGGGACACACCCAGGUGCCAUGGAUUGGCUGAUUGAGAUGACUGGUAGAUGCACCAGCUGUACUCACUACUGCGCCAACUUGCUGUAUUUUAGCCACCCGGCACUCUGCUCGUAUCGCUCCUCUGCCCUCUGUUGUUGCCCAGUAGCGUCCUUCACGAGCCUCCUCCACAGAGGCCGGUUACUUACCGUCACCACCACCUCCAUUAUGACCAUCUCGAUUGCUACUGUCUACUACUCCAAAACAUCUUCCCAUCAGCACCACCAGCUACCAACACAUCCACAACCAACACAACCACAACACCACCGCCCAUUCACAGCCUCCAACCCUGUGCUCUCUACCAUCGCAUACAUCAAUGGCUUCCACCUGCAACUCAAAUCGCCUUUACAACACCGUCUACACCACCACAUACACCACCAUCGGCACCAUUAACCGCCUAUACCACCACCACCACAGCGGUACAACCGAACUGGCCAAGAUUCACACACUCGGGAGACCGGGCACAACUUAAAAAAAAGCGUGUUAUCAAUAUUUACAUGUUAAAUCCGACGUCAGAGUCAGGAUUUGAAAUAAUUAUACAGUAGUGUGUAUGGGCGUCGUAUCAUGUAAUCUAAAGCAGCUGCCGUUACACAGCGUCUAUUUGCAACCAGUUUGUAGCAUAACUGCAUAUACACUUAACAACCAAAGCAAUUUAAAUUAUUAGUAUUAAAAACCCCUAUUUGCCAUUACACAGUGGUGUCUGAAUAUUGACGGGACUUGAAAAAAAAUGGUAACAUUUUCAAAUAAAAUAAUGAAACUGAA